AAAAAAAGUUCGGAGAAGAAAAAAAAAAAAAAAUUUUAAAGUUAAAAGACAAAAAAACUCAGAUUACAGCAGCGAAGGAUAGCUUAAGUGCUUUUCAGUUAACAAAGGAUUUAUAUUCAUUUCAUUUAUUGUUACAUAUUUUUGGGGGAAUAUUGUGCAAAAUGCUUAAAAGAUCUGGAUAACAAUUGUAUUAAAAAGAAAAUUCCUUUUGGUGUUCGAGCGUAACGCAACUCUAAGAAACGAGAUUGAUGAAUUUUUCUUUCCAACAAAAACAAGAACCAAUUAUACUUACAUACUACGGCACUCUAACUCUAACGGAAGCCCACUAAUAAUAAUAUCAUUGAGUUAAUCGCUAGCAAUGUGGAACGACAUUUCUCAAAGAUAAUAAACUAAUCUGUUGCUGAUAGAUCUUCUUUCGCGAUCAUAAGUCUACGUUUAAUUUUUUUAUGUACAAAUUAUCAGAAGUCAACAAUUUCGUUAAGAUGGCUCCUUUUUUUAAAGUUGAUUGCUUCGGCUCUUUUGUGCAUUUAUGUUACUUUGUAUCCUUAAUCGCUCUGACUUACAGUGUAUUAGUCUUUCCUUCAAUCGAAGCUAAAUCAUCGAAUUUCUUCACUCAUUUUCAUAAUCAACGUUUCGCUAUGGAACCUCAAGACCAAACUGCCGUUGUAGGUGCCCGUGUCACAUUGCCUUGCCGUGUUAUCAAUAAACAAGGUGUUUUGCAAUGGACAAAGGACGAUUUUGGUUUGGGUACUUCGCGCGAUUUAGCCGGUUUUGAACGAUAUUCAAUGAUAGGCAGUGAUGAAGAGGGUGAUUAUUCUUUAGAUAUCUACCCGGUUAUGUUGGAUGAUGAUGCCCGUUAUCAAUGCCAAGUAAGUCCUGGUCCUCAAGGUCAGCCAGCAGUGCGUUCGACAUUCGCUAAACUUACUGUCUUGGUGCCGCCAGAAGCACCCAAAAUCCCUCAGGGUGAUGUUAUUCUAACAACUGAAGAUCGUAAGGUGGAUAUCGAAUGCGUAUCAAUGGGUGGAAAACCGCCAGCAGAAAUAACUUGGAUUGACGGUUUUGGUAACGUUUUAGCAGAAAAUAUAGAAUACAAUGUUAUCCCUCUACCGGAUUUAAGAAGAUUUACGGCGAAAUCAGUUUUACGUCUCACCCCGAAAAAAGAAUAUCAUAACACGAACUUCACAUGUCAAGCUCAGAAUACUGCUGAUCGCACUUAUCGCUCGGUUAAAAUAAAAGUAGAAGUAAAAUAUGCGCCCAAAGUUACAGUCAAAAUAAUAGGUGGAGCUGAGGCAGACGGCCGCAUACCAGAACACUCAAUGGUGCGUUUGGAAUGCAAAGCAGAUGCCAAUCCUAGCGACGUACGCUAUCGUUGGUAUAUCAACGAUGAACCGAUUGUGGGUGGCCAGAAAACAGAAAUGGUAAUACGUAACGUUACGCGCAAAUUCCAUGAUGCCAUCGUUAAAUGUGAAGUUCAAAAUUCUAUAGGCAAAAGCGAGGAUAGUGAAACAUUGGAUAUAAGCUAUGCUCCAGUUUUUAAGGAACGACCGCAUUCCAUUGAGGCAGACAUUGGUAGUUUGGUUACAUUAAAUUGCGAAGUAGAUGGCAAUCCUACGCCAGAUAUCGUAUGGAUUCAGCAUCCUAUAGAUAGGGUGAGCGAGAGGAGGAGGAGAAAAGAUAAACUUGCCAAGAAUGCUAAGAAUGUUUUCUUCUCUCCUCAGGUGGUGGGUGCCAGUCCAAAUUUGACAUUCAGUGUUAGUAACGAAACUGCCGGACGUUAUUAUUGCAAAGCGAACGUACCCGGCUAUGCAGAAAUUUCAGCUGAUGCUUAUGUUUAUUUAAAAGGGUCUCCCAUCAUCUCGUCGGCGCGCGUACAAUACGGUUUAGUCGGGGAUACGGCACGAAUAGAAUGCUUCGCUACAUCAGUGCCGCGAGCUCGUCACGUCUCUUGGACGUUUAAUGGUCAUGAAAUUAGUUCAGAAUCUGGCCACGAUUAUUCCAUACUGGUAGACGCAAUACCGGGUGGUGUUAAAUCUACAUUGAUAAUACGCGACAGUCAAUCAUACCAUUACGGCAAAUAUAAUUGUACGGUAGUCAAUGAUUACGGGAACGAUGUUGCUGAAAUUAAUUUACAAGCACAAAAAAGUGUACCCUUAUUAAUGACUAUUGUUGGCGGUAUAUCCGCCGUCGCUUUAUUAAUGAUUAUCACAGUGUUAGUAAUAGUGUAUUUCAAGUGUAAAAAACGCAACAAAUUACCGCCAGCGGAUGUUAUUAGCGAACAUCAGAUUGCCAAGAAUGGUGGGGUUACAUGUAAGAUGGAACCGGGUGAUCGCACUUCCAACUAUAGUGAUCUUAAAGUGGAUAUCACAGGCGGCUACGUACCCGGCUAUGAUUACACUACACAUUACAGUCCACCACCACAAUACUUAACAACAUGUUCGACAAAAUCCAAUGGCAGCUCCACAAUAUUGCAAAAUAAUCAUCAAAAUCACUUGCAACAGCAAAAGCAGCAGCAGCAGCAGCAGCAGCAGCAGCAACAACAACAACAACAUCAACAACAGCAACAGCAAAACUUACCUAUGACUUUCUUAUCCAACGCAGGUGGGGGCAGUUUAACGGGUAGCAUUAUAGGUUCACGUGAUAUGCGUCAAGAGAAUGGAUUGCCCAGUUUACAAUCAACCACCGCCUCGGUGGUUAGUUCAUCACCAAAUGGCAGCUGCAGUAACCAAAGUACCUCAACUCACAUCAUAACCAAUGGAAAUGGAGCUGUAACAGCUAGCGCUUUGGCCGUUGAUCCACGUUACAGCGCCAUUUAUGGCAAUCCUUAUUUACGGUCCUCCAACUCAUCGUUACUGCCACCACCAACUGCCGUCUAAAAUGGUUAACGAAUAAGUAGUAUUUAAAAAAACAAAAAAAAAAAACAAAAAAAACAAAAAAACAAAAAAAAAAAAACGAACAAAGACUGAAAACUCAUAUAAAAGCAAAAAGGAGAAUAUAGGAUGCAGUAAACGAAACAAAGAGCUAGAUAAUGAUAAGUGUGAGUGAAAGGAAGGAAGAGAGAGGGAGAGAGAGAGAGAGAGUGUAAGCAAAACCUAAAAUCUUCAAAUAGCCAAACAUUUGCAGAAAUUCCUCUAAUUGUAAUGUAAGAACAAAAAAACAAAGAACAAGAAAAUAUUUUAUCUAAACGGUGAAGCUCGUUAUCCCUAAAUUGAAAAAGGAAGCUUAGAAUCGGAAAAGAAAAAAAAUGUAAAGUAUUUAGUUCUUUCUUUUUUUUUUUUUCUUACCCCUUGACACGCCACAGCUUUGCGAUCCCAUUAUUCAAACUUGCAGGAGGAAAAUAAAUAAAAGCAAACUCCAAAAAUCUGCUUAGAGAAGCUUAUAAAUCUAGCCUAAAGCAGGCUUAAGAAUAUCUGGCAUCGCUUUACAGUUUUCAAAACAAAAGAAGAGUAGUACUGUGGGCGAGGCAGAAUAGGUCUGUCUAAAAUUUUAGCUACCAAACUAGGCAUACUCUAGCAAUCUACUUAUGUUCGUUCAUUUAAAUAGAUUUUAAGUCAAUUUACAUAAUAAGUAUACAAUAAUAACAACAACAAGAAUACACAAUACAAAAAUGUAAACGAAAUCGUAACGAAUCCUAGAUGAAUGCCUGCAUUUGCUUUUAUUAUUAUUAUUAUUAGAUAAACGCCGUAAUUGCGAUCUAAAUACAAUUCAAAUAAAUGUUUUACUUGACAAUUUACAAUUUAAUAAAGAGAAAUUCGAUCAUUCGUUAGCAUUAUA